AUGGAGCUCGAAGGUUUACGAAAAGAAAUAACCAUUUUAAAAAGAAGACGUGGAGUAAUAAAAGGGUCCCUCACAAGAAUUCGUAGUUUCAUUAGAGAUUUUAACCUGAGAGACCAACCUAUUUCUUUAAUAGAAUUUAGACAAGAUGAACUUCCUCAAAUAAACAAAAAAUUUGAUGAAGUUCAAUCCCAGAUUGAGUUGAACACAGAAGAGUUUGAGCAAGAAGAGGAAGAACGUAACAGCUUUGAAAUUGAAUAUCUUAACAUAAGGUCUCAAAUUCAAGAGCUAGCGAACAUGGAAAAGGGUAAUAGUAGUUCUAUAGCACACAACAUAUCUAAUGGGACAACAUGGACAUCGAGUCGAGCACGGCUAGCACCUAUAUCUCUUCCUUCAUUCAAUGGUGACAUACAGGAAUGGGCAUCAUUUUUUGAUUGUUUUAGCGCACUAGUACACAAUGACGAUAGCUACUCACCUACUCAAAAGUUUCAUUAUCUACGUACCAGUUUAUGUGGUCAAGCACUGGAUAUGAUAAGAGAUAUACCUAUUACAGAAGCCAAUUAUGAUACAGUGGUAGAACGACUUAAGCGGCAAUAA